CUUAGCCUGGUCUAACACUAAAUUCGUGUUUUUUAUCAUCUUGCGCUGUUUGCAAGAGAGGCAAAUCCUUUACUCAAUAAGUCGAAGGUCGCAACGCAAUAAGAAUAACAAACAAAUCAAUGUGUGUGUAGGUAUGUGUUUAUGUAUUGUAGUAUGUACUAUUAUUCAUUCUGUGGGAUCGUGUUGGUCCUUCAAGCAACACCGGCUUUCGACACGUAGGAAGGGAGGAGCCUAAGCGAUAUCUUACCGAACAAAUCAUUCUGCCAUUUUUGCGGGGAGAAACGUGUCAGUCGCACUUCUCACUCACUACAUACAUACAAAAUCCAAUCUGUAAUGAUGACACAAAUACAUAGAAAAUGACACACGUCAAAAACAAAUCUUGGACACCUCGAUCUCUUUUUGUGUACAAACGAGUCACAACAUGCACCGCCAUAGGUACAGUUGUACCUAUGUUUCGGCAGAGGGGAAAUUAGUAUGAAUGCCGUCUAGGUGUCCCUUCCCGGUGUUGCUCGAAGUGUUGGUCACAUAAAACUCGGCCCGCGUUUUUGUAAAUUUAAUAAGACUAAUAAUUAUAUAAAUUCAAUGGGGAACUUUCCAUUUUCACUAGCAACAUUUUUAAACACCAUUUUUAAAACCAACAAAGUGACUUUGACUUUUCUUCAAGGUAUUCUGUCAAAACAUUCAAAUUGAACAUAACCUUGUAAACUUAGUUACCGCACAGAAAGUUAGAAAAUGCUUAGAAGUAUCUUUCGUACCAGCCGUUGGCUGGCACGGCAAACCCGUCAAAUCAAUACCUUUUCUCCGUGGCUUCUGCGUCAACACGUUUUAGUGAAAACUUAUAGUUCUCCUGUGAUAUCGAUACGUUCUCCUGCCUCCACUGAUAGUGCUCAUACCGCUGAAGUAGACCCAGUUGUUUAUGAAGAAAUCUGCACUGAAACUUUAGAGUCCUUGUGUGAUUAUUUUGAAGAAAUCGUUGAAGACACAAUACAUUUAAAAGGCGCUGAUAUAAUGUACAGUGAUGGUGUUUUAACAGUAGCUCUUGGAAAUUCCUAUGGAACAUAUGUGAUAAACCGACAGUCACCUAAUAAACAAAUUUGGUUGAGUUCUCCUGUGUCCGGACCUAAGCGCUAUGAUCUGAUUCUUCAAAAUGGUGGCUACUGGGUGUACAAGCAUGACGGAGUAACAUUACACCAACUACUUCAAAGUGAAAUAUCCAAAAUUGUAGAAAGUGUUGAUUUUAAAAAGUGUGCCCACAGUGCUUGAAAUUUAUUUUGUUUUUAUUCAUUAAGUAUAGUUAUUUAUUGUUA